UCUGCCUCUCUCCCCUUCUUCUCUCUCUCUAAACCAAAGCAGAAUCUCAUGGAAAAGACAGUACUGGAGACUCUGAAUCCAAUGCACUACAACGUCACCAGCCUAGUACUGGAUAAGAUGCCAGCGGCCACAGUGCCCAUACUCAUCCUUAUGUGCUUUCUGUUUCUAAUGUGGAAUCACGAAGAAACUUCAUCAAUACCAGGACCUGGAUACUGUAUGGGAAUCGGUCCCCUCAUUUCACAUGCCAGAUUUCUCUGGAUGGGAGUAGGAAAUGCCUGCAACUACUACAAUAAGACAUAUGGAGAAUUUGUGAGAGUUUGGAUCAGCGGUGAAGAAACAUUUAUAAUUAGCAAAUCCUCGAGUGUGUUCCAUGUAAUGAAACAUUGGCAUUAUGUUUCUCGAUUUGGAAGCAAGCUUGGAUUACAGUGCAUUGGCAUGUAUGAAAAUGGGAUCAUAUUUAAUAACAACCCAACACAAUGGAAAGAAAUUCGACCCUUUUUCACCAAAGCGCUGUCUGGUCCUGGUCUUGUGCGUAUGAUAGCGAUUUGUGUUGAAUCAACGAUUGAUCACCUGGACAAACUAGAGGAAGUAACCACUGAAGUAGGAAACAUCAAUGUGUUGAAUCUUAUGAGACGGAUCAUGCUUGACACAUCUAACAAGCUUUUUCUCGGGAUCCCUUUAGAUGAACAUGCCAUUGUACUUAAGAUUCAAAACUACUUUGAUGCUUGGCAAGCACUUUUAUUAAAGCCCGACAUCUUUUUUAAGAUUUCUUGGCUAUGCAAGAAAUAUGAAGAUGCAGUCAAGGAUCUGAAAGGAGCAAUGGAAACUUUAAUAGAACAGAAACGACAAAAGCUUUCCGCUGUUGAAAAGUUGGAUGAACACACGGAUUUUGCAUCCCAGUUGAUUUUUGCACAGAACAGAGGGGAUCUGACUGCUGAGAAUGUGAACCAGUGUGUGCUGGAGAUGAUGAUUGCUGCUCCUGAUACUCUUUCUGUGACACUGUUCUUUAUGCUAAUACUGAUUGCAGAACACCCCACAGUGGAAGAGGAGAUGAUGAGAGAAAUUGAAACUGUUAUGGGUGACAGAGAUAUACAGAGUGAUGACAUGCCAAACUUAAAAAUUGUGGAGAAUUUUAUUUAUGAGAGCAUGAGAUACCAGCCAGUUGUGGACUUGAUCAUGCGAAAAGCUUUACAAGAUGAUGUGAUUGACGGCUAUCCUGUGAAAAAGGGGACAAACAUUAUUCUCAAUAUUGGACGUAUGCAUAAGCUUGAAUUCUUUCCAAAGCCAAAUGAGUUUUCUCUCGAAAAUUUUGAGAAAAAUGUUCCUUCACGCUAUUUCCAACCAUUUGGAUUUGGCCCUCGGGGCUGUGUAGGAAAGUUUAUUGCCAUGGUAAUGAUGAAGUCAAUCCUGGUGACUCUUCUGAGAAGGUGCAGAGUACAGACAAUGAAAGGAAGAGGCCUUAACAACAUCCAGAAAAACAAUGACUUAUCCAUGCACCCAAUAGAAAGGCAACCUCUCCUGGAGAUGGUUUUCACACCAAGAAGAAACAUGAACAAGAAUCAGGGCGACUAA